UUUCAGUUGACAAGAAACCUUGCAUGCUGGGUAGGGAACAGUUCAGAGAGGUCGGAAAGGAUCGCUAGAAGCGUCAGCUGGGCUAUUUUAGCCUUCUUCACCAAGAGCAGUUACCAAGGAUUAGAGGAAUUGCUUGUCUCUAAUUUUCUGACAUCGGUAAGAGGGAUGCCGCCGGCUUUUGGACCAUGGACCUCACCACUGGGCUAAUACAGGUGUCUUUGCAUGAGGCCUCGGAGCGUGGCUAGGGCACCAUGGAGCCUGACGUCAUGCGCCUCUACUCCUCUUCUCCCCCUCCGCUGGACGAGGGGGCGGAGGAAGAAGACGACGACGAGUUUGGAGACUUCGGGGGAUUCGGCGGAGCCCUGGCAUCCAGCGUCAGUUUCUCAGAGCUGGAAACGCCCCCCUUAACCGUCAACGAAUCGCAAGUCUCUGAAACGGGCCCCCCCGCUUUCCCUAUUGGGUCGUCGGCGCCUGGCCCCUGUAAGGUCCCCGUGAUGGGCCGGACUGCUGUCUCUGAUCCACUCAAGCAGCCAGCAGACAAGGCCCAGGUUGAGUUGGACCGAGUCCCCACAGAAUCGGAGGUUAUCGGGGGACGGACUGAGGCUCGUGGCCUCUACAUUAACGGAGAUGUGGCCGUCACAGAGCCCCUUGCAAAUGGUUUCCCAGAGACGGAUGCACGGGACGCCUCAGUAGACACCACCGCCUCUGCCUUGAGCUCCAGCUCUCCGUGUGUGCAGCGUGGGUCGGAGGAGGACACGGACCGCAGAGACACUAGGCAGCACAAAGUCUCCUCAGCAGAAGGGACCAGCUUAGCCAAUGGCUUCACUGAACUGGAGGAAGACUCGGAGCCCAGAGACGAGGGGACUUCAGUAGAACCUCAAGGCCCGCCAGGCCCGGGACUUCACACAGAGGCCUCUGAGCCGGGGAGACCGCCCCAGUCAGAGGCGGCUGAAAGGCCGCCCAGCCCCAGCCCCAGCAGCAGCAGCAGCAGCGGCAGUCGGGAGGUGCUCCCGGAGGGUCUGGACUUGGAGAGCAGCGUCCAUCCAGCAGAGGAGGAGCUCCCGACGCCCUCAGGCCCGGUCACCACCUCCGGGAGUGACGACUUUGCCUCCUUCUGCGAGGUCGUCUCACCGAGUGACCUGGAAGAGUUUGGGGACUUCGGGGACUUCGGGGACUUCAGUAGCACCGCUCCGGCCGCCACCUCUGAGGCGCCCACAGCUGACGCCCCCGAAGACGAAGACUUUGGCGGCUUCGGGGAGCAGGGGACACACUCCACUCAGGGUUUCGCCGACUUCAGUCAGACGGAGUCCGGCACGCAGGAGGGAGGGUUCGCCAGUUUUCCUACCGAUUUCCCUGGCCAUUCCGAUGCUCCGUCAGGGGCUGAUGUAGGACAAACUCUCCCCCAGGAAGCCCUAGGGGAGCCUGGGGCUGAGGACACACAAGAAGACUCCAUCCCAGGGGAACAGUUUGGGGAUCUCCCCAUCAGUGACAGCUUUGCAGACUUCCAGUCCGUGCCUGUGGCUGGUGGGGUGGGCACUGGGGGGGAGUGGGCUGCCUUUGGGGAGCCCCUGACGGAUGACCAGGCAGGUGGAGGAGGUGAGGACAGCUGGGCGGUGUUUGGGGAGGGACAGGUCCAGACCACUGGCGAGUCUGAGGUGGAGGAGUCGCAGUGGCAGGACGGGGCAGCAGACACAGCCCCCACCUUUGGCAGCCCGAGCACCAGCAGGAGGGGCAGUCAGACGGCACCUCUGAGCUCCAGACUCCAGACGCUGUUCCAGGCCAGUUUCCCCCAUGUGGAGGCUCAUCAGGUCGGGGAGGAGACCCCAUCGCUCAAGGCCUUGCUGGAGCCCCAGGGGGCUGACCCGAGACCGGAGCAGAGUAACCAGCCCCCUUCUUCUGUUCAAAGGGAACCGCAGGACAUGUGGCAGCAUCUGCAGGAGAUCCACGGCGCCUUCGGCCUCAAGUUCCUAUGGGGAGGUUCCCAUAGCAACAGGCAGCUGCUCCACUGCCUGGCCAUGGACACCAGAAACAUUGUGUUUGCUGGCCAGAAGAAACGGGCAGUAAUCGUGCCCACCUAUGCUGCCAGCCUGGGAAUGCUAGAGCCCACCAAAGAUGCAGUGAAGGCCACCUCAGCGGCUGGGCAAGUGGCUGCCUCAGCACAAGCACCUCCUGGAGCUCCAGACAGCAGCGCCCCGCCCAAACCCACACAGGAGGCGCUGGCGAGCGUGCAGCCUGACUGGAGCAGCAGUGGCCUUAAACCCCCUGUGGAUGGUGUGGAUCCAGAGUUGUAUAAACUGACCACAGUCACACUGGAGUCAGGCAAAACCGGAGAGCACAUUGCUGAUGCCUUUACACGCCUGAUGUCAACUGUGGAGCAAAACAGCACAUCCACCAGGAGGCCCGUGAGGGAUGAGAACCUGAGUGAGGAGGCGGGGCGUGUUCUGAGUCGCCUCCCCAGCCUCUCCUUCAUGCGGGCCAAAGUCCUGAUGUUCCCCAGCAUCCUGACUCCUCAGCCUCCAACGGGCCAAACUCCUGAUGUUCCCCAGCAUCCUGGCCUCCUCAGCCUCCAGACUCGCCCUCGUGAACUCGCAGUCUGCCUCUCACACACACAGUGACCUUUUUAGCAUCGCUGGUUUUGUCACUCUGUUUAUAUUUGUCUUGUUUUCAUCCUCUUUUUUUUCUCUCUUUGUUUUGGUUUUAGUAUUUUAUCCACUUGUUUCCCUUCUGUUCUUUUGACUUUGUCAUUAUGAAAUGUGUAUUUAUUAAUGUGACCAUUUCAGUAGGCUUUCAUGUAAAAGACAUCUAGUAUGAAGCAUUAUCCUUAGGCCUUUUUAGUUUUCAUUUACAUAACAGAUACAAACAUUCCUUUACAUAACAGACUACACAAAUAACUCAUAACUCUGUGUAAUGAUCCUUCCAUACCCCAGAGAGAGAUCCAGUGUAGUAUUACAGUGUAGUAAUAUGUUGUUUCAUCCUCUCAGAGUUUCUAUUUAUAGAAAGGCCGUCAUCUUUCCAAAUCUGUUGCUUGGGAAAAUAUUUAACUUCAUCCAAAGCACUGAUAUGUGUCAUCAGAACAAACCUAUAUCAACAUAGAACAUUCUUAAUUACGUUUCCCUUUUUCUCUGUUGCUUUGUAUCUUUGUUUUGAUGUGCUUUGGGUUCUUUCGGCGGAAAGAGCUAGAUGAAUCCAUCCAUUUAUGUAACGAAAGGGAAGAUUGACCAACUCUCUCUCCUCUGGAUUCCUUUUUUUUUUUUUUUUUACAUGUUUUUUUUUUUUUUUUUUUUUGUCUUGUCUUUGUUUCUGAUAUCCUAUACAUUUAUUUCUCCUAGUCAAAUCACUGGAUGUGUUAAGAGGGACUUAACACAAUAUAAUGGAUGACAUCAGAGUUCACUGGUGCUUUAGACCAUGUCCUGUGCAGUUGUGUCCUGU